UGUCUAUUUCUUUAUUCUUUCUCUAUAAACAUCGUUCAAAUGCACAGAAGCACUCCUUCACCUGUUCAUCAGCCAUUGCUGCAUGAAGAAGAUGACGAUUCUGAGUCAUCUCUAAAUCUGAUACCCACCAAAUCUUGGGAUCAACUUCGUAAACAAGUGAGAACUCUAGAGAGCGAGAUUGAGAAUAAGCUGGCUACAUUAUCCAAAGUUGGGCAAUCUUCCAUCGUCGAAAACAGCGCACAACAACUAGAAGAAACAGAGAAUUUGUUGAGAAAAUUACAACUUGUCAUUACAGCUAUGGGAGACUUUAUUGAUAAACCGAGUGCCACACCUACAAGCCCUUCGAUGAUACAUCUAUUGAGUAGACAUAAGGAUAUAUUAUAUGAUUAUACCAAAGAAUUCCGCCGUGUAAAGGGCAACAUUAAACAAGCAAGGGACAGAGCCAAUUUAAUGAAUAGUGUUCAAGAUGAAAUUAGAUCGUUUAAUGCUGGAAACAAUGGAGAUAAUGCGGAUUACUAUCUAUCGGAACGUAAUAGAAUCGAGGAUUCACAUAGAAUGACAGAUAUGAUUUUAGAACAAGCAUACGCCACUAGGCAAGACAUUUCACGUCAAGGACGUAUUAUGCAUAGUGUGAAUCAACGAGUUGGCGGAGUUAUGAGUCGUAUACCCGGUGUAAAUAACCUAAUCUCUAGAAUUAAUACACGAAGGCAAAGAGAUACAUUGAUAAUGGCCGGCGUCAUAUCUACAUGCUCAAUUCUUAUUAUUUUAUAUUGGCUACGUACAUAAUAAUAUAACACUUACAUUUCGACAAAAGGAAAGAUAAUUCAAUGAUGUGCUACGAUUCUGAUUAUGUGUACAGAGGCAAAUUUGAAUGUAGGUUUAUGAAUAACUUGAGUGUACCAUGUUUCAGAUGCAUAGGCCUUAUAAAGUAUCACUUGCAAUGUAGUAGAAAUAAGGUUGUCGUGGUCCAAUACUCGGUUCAGAAAGAACGUUACUAGGUCUGAAUUCAAAAUUGCACGGUUGUCUGUGUGUGUGUGUGUGUGUGUGUGUGUGUGU